AUGGACACGCCAAAGAAAUAUCUUAACGCAAAGGAUUUUGAAGAUGUAUCGUAUCUCAAGAACCGCGAAAGUACAGGCGAUCUCUUUGCUGGGGACAAGGACAUUGAAGGUGCAUUUAAGAGUAUUGUGCUCUCAGUGGCAUCGCAGCUGAAUUACAAUGAAGAAUGGGUUAACGGCGAAAUAGGUAUCUUCAUUACCAAAAAGACUCGCCAGGCCCUAUUUAAACAAGCCAUCGAACAGGGCAUCACACUUUUCAAAGGAGAAAAUCUAGAGGUCCUAGCCGCUCCGAUAGAAUGGGCUCUUAAGCAUAAGCUGAGGAGAAUCAAUACCGGGGAUCAGGACCGGAAGGUGGAAUCGGAUAUAAUAGAUGUAAUUGCUCUGUUGAAAUAUAUAAAGGAGCACAACAAUGGCCCUCUAGAUCUAGAGAAGAUUCAGACAAUAAAAAUGAACAGAUUCAAUGUGAUUCCUUAUCACAGGACCAUGCAACGAGUGGCUGAGGUAUACCGUCAGAACUAUAAUAAGGACAUUUUCGAAUAG